AUGCUCCUCCAGGUCCUCGAGUCGGGGUCGCUCAAGCGAAUGCAACUGUCCGACUUUCCGGCCUGCGCGCUGUUCGAGCAGGAACUCGUCGACGACACGAUCCGCGUGCGCUACCACGUCCCCGAGGUGCCGCUGGCGCCCGACCAUCCGCUGCAGCACCAGCCGCUGAGCGUGCCGCUGACGCCUGAGGACCUCGCCUCGCUCGACGAGGUCGACGUCGACCUGCACAACAGCCCCGUGCGCGCCCGCAGGGUGGGCGACGCGCAGGACGCGUGGUUCUCCGCCUGCUUCGGCUUCCCGACGACCCUCGUGUACAUUGGCGACGGCCGCCGCGCCGUCGUCGGCCCCAACUUUCUACCGCCCGGGUCUGGAUCCGGCGCGCCGACAAAGCCCAGCACGGGCUGGCUGUCGUCCGUCUCGUCGUACGUCACGAGCUUCACGCAGCCCACGGCGCCAGCGGAUGAGGAGGAGCAGAACGACGUCUGGCUGACGUUCACCGACUGCGCACCCUUUCUCGUCACCUCCGAGGCCUCGCUCGCCGCCGUCAGCGCGCGUCUGCCGCCCGUCGCCCCGGCCGAGAUGAUCAAGUUCCGGCCCAACGUCGUCGUCGACGCCGACGGCGCGGGCGCGUGGGACGAGGACUUUUGGGCCGAGCUCGGCCUGCCGGGCGACCGCCGCCUGCAGCUGACGGCCAACUGCGUGCGCUGCACGUCGCUCAACGUCGACUACGCCACGGGGCGGACGGCGCAGGGCGAGGCGGGCACGGUGCUCAAGAAGCUCAUGAAGGACAGGCGCGUCGACAAGGGCAGCAGGUGGUCCCCCGUCUUUGGGCGCUACGCCUUCCUCGCGGGCCGCGACCCUCUGGUCGUCCGCGUCGGUGACGAGGUCGGCGUCGUCAGGCGCAACGAGGAGCGCUCCGUGUACGACUGGCCCAUGCACAGCAAGCCUCCAGUGAAAAGGCCGGCGUGA